AUGUUGUCUCUCAAGUAUUUUGUUAGUCUCGUACCGGCCCUUCUAGGACUUACCACACCGACUCUGUCCAAGCCUGUCGGCACCCAUGAGAGACACGCUGAAAUCCUCGGCAAUGUCACCUUGAAUGAAGGAAUCGAACGACGCUCGACUGCUUUCAGUAACAGCCAAGAUGGCGUGAACGCUGCCGGAUUCUAUUACUCCCUCUACAAUGACAACAAGGCCUCUGCUGGUUACACCGAGUUCCCCAAUAGUGGCGAGUUCCAAGCGGAAAGGGCUACAAGGGGGGGCAGCCCUCGCUCUAUUACUUGGGACGGCUACUUUACUGCUUCCGGUGAUUGGACUUUGGCUAUCUACGGAUGGACUACCGACCCCGUCACCGAGUGGUAUAUUGUCGAGUCCCACGGCACCGGCACUCCGGGUAAUGGAAAUAUCCUUGGCCAGGUUGAAAGUGAUGGCAGUAUCUACGACGUGUACAGUCUUUCAUACGACAACGUGGCUGAGAUUUAUGGUGUGACUAGCUUCAAGCAGUACUGGUCGGUUCGACGUACUCAUCGCACGACCGGCACGGUCAAUGUCGCUGCCCAUUUUAAUGGCUGGAAGAAGUUGGGACUGGCACCGGGUAAUCCAGUUUUCCAGAUGAUUACUCUUGAGGGUUUUGAGGGGCAGGGUUAUCUUAAUUUUACUGUGCAGUGA